CUAACCAAUAGGAUGGCGUAGUGGGCGGGAUUCUACGUUUGGGAGGAACGGCUGCAAGGUUGCCUUUGUGCUGGCUGAUAACUACGGGGAUCCUAAGGUGAUUGAAUGGAUAUUACCAGGUGCUCGGACAAAUGGAUAAAACAAGAAAAGGAGAGACCCAUGUCCACCUCCAUCAUGAUGUCCGGUAAGAAGUCGGACCCUGGUUCCUCGUCCUCGUCCUCCACCGCGGGGGGGCCCGGGGCUGAUCGGCCCCCGGAAGCCUCUCCCUCAGCCCAAACAGGGGCCCCCAGCUCCCUCCCCCCUCCCUCGGAGGGCGGGGUCCCCGGGGACCGCACCCUAAAGAAGAAGGAGCGGGCGUCGCCCAGCCUAGAGCCCCCCCUGCCCCACCCCCACCUGCCGGGCCCCGGGGGGGUGGACCCGGACCCGGCCGAGGUCCGCCGGACCAGCCGCCGCAAGAGAACGAAACAGGUGGAGUACCGCGAGAUGGACGAGAGCCUGGCCAAUCUCUCCGAGGAUGAGUACUACUCCGAGGAAGAGCGGAACGCCAAGGCGGAGAAGGAGCGCAAGCAGGUGCCCCCGCCGCCCGCCCCGCCCGUGGAGGAGGAGAACGACAGCGAGCCGGAGGAGCCCUCGGGGGUGGAGGGCGCGGCCUUCCAGAGCCGCCUCCCCCAUGACCGUAUGACCUCACAGGAGGCCGCCUGCUUCCCUGACAUCAUCAGCGGCCCCCAGCAGACCCAGAAAGUGUUCCUGUACAUCCGCAACCGCACGCUUCAGCUCUGGCUUGAUAACCCCAAGGUCCAGCUGACCUUUGAGGCCACAGCUCAGCAACUGGAAAGCCCCUACAACAGUGACGCAGUGCUGGUCCACAGGAUACACAGUUACCUGGAGAGGCACGGCCUCAUCAACUUUGGCGUCUACAAGAGAGUCAAGCCCUUGCCCACUAAGAAGACGGGGAAGGUGAUCAUCAUCGGAGGGGGCGUGUCUGGUUUGGCCGCUGCCCGGCAGCUGCAGAGUUUUGGGAUGGACGUGACCGUGCUGGAGGCCAGGGACCGUGUGGGGGGGAGGGUGGCCACCUUCCGCAAGGGGAACUAUGUAGCCGACCUGGGAGCCAUGGUGGUGACUGGACUGGGUGGAAACCCCAUGGCUGUGGUCAGUAAGCAGGUGAACAUGGAGCUGGCCAAGAUCAAACAGAAGUGCCCCCUGUACGAGGCCAACGGUCAGGCCGGCGAACGGUGUACAAGUGUGCCGAAGGAGAAGGACGAGAUGGUGGAGCAGGAGUUCAACCGCCUGCUGGAGGCCACGUCCUACCUCAGCCACCAGCUCGACUUCAACUUCCUCAACAACAAGCCCGUGUCCCUGGGGCAGGCCCUGGAGGUGGUCAUCCAGCUGCAGGAGAAACACGUGAAAGACGAGCAGAUUGAACACUGGAAGAAGAUUGUAAAAACUCAGGAGGACCUGAAGGAGCUGCUUAACAAGAUGGUGGGCACUAAGGAGCGGGUGAGGGAGCUGCAUCAGCAGUAUAAGGAGGCCAGUGAGGUGAAGCCCCCCAGAGACAUCACCGCUGAGUUCCUGGUCAAGAGCAAACACCGCGACCUGACCGCGCUCUGCAAGGAGUACGACGAGCUGGCGGAGACGCAGGUGAAGCUGGAGGAGAAACUGCAGGAGCUGGAGGCUAACCCGCCCAGUGACGUGUACCUGUCGUCGAGGGACCGCCAGAUCCUGGACUGGCACUUUGCCAACCUGGAGUUUGCCAACGCCACACCCCUGUCUACCCUGUCCCUGAAGCACUGGGAUCAGGAUGAUGAUUUUGAGUUCACAGGAAGUCACCUGACCGUGCGGAACGGCUACUCCUGUGUUCCCGUGGCCCUGGCCGAGGGGCUGGACAUCAAACUCAACACAGCGGUGCGGCAGGUCCGCUACACGGCCUCCGGCUGCGAGGUGAUCGCAGUGAACACGCGCAGCACCACGCAGACCUUCAUCUAUAAGUGCGACGCGGUCCUGUGCACGCUCCCGCUGGGCGUGAUGAAGCAGCAGCCCCCCGCCGUGCAGUUCGUGCCCCCCCUGCCCGAGUGGAAGACCUCCGCCAUUCAGAGGAUGGGCUUCGGCAACCUCAACAAGGUGGUGCUGUGCUUUGACCGCGUGUUCUGGGACCCCAGUGUGAACCUGUUCGGCCACGUGGGCAGCACCACGGCCAGCCGGGGGGAGCUCUUCCUCUUCUGGAACCUCUACAAGGCUCCUAUCCUAUUGGCUCUGAUGGCGGGGGAGGCGGCCGGAAUCAUGGAGAACAUCAGCGAUGAUGUCAUCGUUGGCCGCUGCCUUGCCAUUCUCAAGGGCAUCUUUGGCAGCAGUGCCGUGCCACAGCCUAAGGAAACCGUGGUAACGCGUUGGCGGGCGGACCCCUGGGCUCGCGGCUCGUACUCCUACGUGGCGGCCGGUUCCUCCGGCAACGACUACGACCUGAUGGCCCAGCCCAUCACCCCCGGCCCGGCCAUCCCCGGGGCCUCACAGCCCGUCCCUCGGCUCUUCUUCGCGGGCGAGCACACGAUCCGGAACUACCCGGCCACGGUGCACGGGGCGCUGCUGAGCGGCCUGAGGGAGGCGGGCCGGAUCGCCGACCAGUUCCUGGGCGCCAUGUACACCCUGCCCCGGCAGGCCACGCCCACCGCCAACCCACAGCCCUCCCCCAGCCUCUAGACCCCGCCUCCUUCCACCAGGCCACUCCUACAGCCCUCCCCCAGCCUCUAAACCCCGCCUCCUUCCACCAGACCACUCCUACAGUCCUCCUCCAGCCUCUAGACCCCGCCUCCUUCCACCAGACCAUACCCACAGCUCUCCCCCAGCCUCUAGACCCCGCCUCCUUCCACCAGGCCACUCCUACAGCCCUCCCCCAGCCUCUAGACCCCGCCUCCUUCCACCAGACCACACCCACAGCUCUCCCCCAGCCUCUAGACCCCGCCUCCUUCCACCAGACCACUCCUACAGUCCUCCUCCAGCCUCUAGACCCCGCCUCCUUCCACCAGACCAUACCCACAGUCCUCCCCCAGCCUCUAGACCCCGCCUCCUUCCACCAGGCCA